UGUUUUUAUUUUUGUCAUGCCAAUGCAUGCUUUAGUCAAAUUGUUUCUCUAAUUCAUUAUUUUUGUGUUGCUGUUUGUUUUUAAAUUUGUCAAUGACUUCGUUAAUCUCAGAAAUCCGAUUUCAUCUUCUAGUUAACCUGAAAAGAUCUUCUGCCUCUUUUAUUAGAUUGUUAUCUGACACAACCAAUGAUGAUCUUUAUUAUAAUAGAAUCCCAAAGAGCAAAGAGGAAUAUCUACGACGUAAAUCGCUGCCAGUUGACCAACCCGAGGAGCCAAAAUUAAAUAGAGUUGCCAUAAUUGGCCUACCCAAUGCUGGUAAAUCAACUUUAGUCAAUCAGUUGACUGGCCUUAAAGUGACCUCAGUAUCUCGAAAAGUACAUACAACGAGAAAAAAUAUCAUCGGGGUUUUCAAUGAAGGAUCAACUCAAGUUGAGCUACUGGAUACUCCUGGUUUAGUGAAAUUAAAACAUUGUGUUGACUUUAAUCUUGAACAUACCAUGUACCAUAACCCAAGACUUUCUGCCAAAGUUGCUGAUUUAAUCGCUGUUCUUGUGGAUGUGUCGCAAAAGCGCUAUAGAAAUUUUCUUGACCAUGAAACUUUCAAAAUAUUGACUAAACACAAAGAUAAAAAGUCAAUUCUUGUUUUAAACAAAGUGGAUAAACUCGACAAAAAAUCAAUCUUAUUGGAAGUAGUUAAUCGCUUAACUGGAAGCUUUAUCGAAGGAAAAUCGAUUGAAGGAAAGGAGAAAUUUGUAAAGCAUAGUGGCAAAAAAUCAAUUGAUGCUCUUAUUUCUGAGACGGAACGGCAUCUAAGGAUUACCGAGGAUCCUCAACCAGUGGAUAGUUCACGGGAAGAUUUAUUCAACCUGUAUUGGCCAUACUUCUCUAAAGUUUUCAUGAUUUCAGCUUUAACCAAUGACGGUGUUGAAGAUUUACGAGAGUACAUGAUUGCAACAGCUAAACCAUGUUCAUGGAAAUAUAACUCUUCCAUUGUUACUAAUCAAGAUCCACAAUCUUUAGCCAUAUCAAUUGUGAGAGAAAAGUUUCUUGAUUUUGGCUAUUGGGAUACUCCUUAUCUACUCAAAUUCCAGGUUGAAGCAUGGGAAGUUGAUGUAAUGAACAAUCUUCACAUUGUUAUUAUUGCCUUAUGUCCUAAAAACAAUAAAAUGACAUCCAUAAUAGGACCUGAAGGAGCCACUAUUGCAAGAAUAUCAGCUGAGGCAAGGCAAGAGCUAAUGGACACAUUCAACUGUCAAGUCCGAUUGAAAGUAAUUGUUAAAUGUACAGAAAAAAUCGAUCCAAACGAAAGCAGCCAAAAGUAAUCCAAGCCAUUGGUCAAGUUAUACAAUACAGUUACAAAUAAAUCUAUAGUUUCUUUAGUCAACUUUUAUAUAUACUAAUAUAUAUAAAUUUGUUAAUUAACUGUGUUUUUCAAAUACUAUUGUAAAUUUACCUCUUCCAAAUUGAAUUAUAUCUCAUUAAAUAGUUGUAUAAAUUAUA